AUGUUGUUUAACGUGUCGAGCCCCAGCACAGCAGCACGCGUCGUAUCGCCUCCAGCAUCAUCACAACAGCCGCCGAGGAGAUGCAGUGACAGUGAGACUGCGAACUACCGCACUACCUCACCGUCACCGCCGCCGUCGCCGUCGCCGUCGCAGUCCUCCACCACAGACACGAUCAGUGACAGCAGUGACACGCUGAACGAGGACACUGUCACCUCCUCGACGGAAUUAACACGGCUUCCGCGAGCGUUAGCAUCGUCUCCAUCCACGCCGUCACCGUCCGUAGCGCCGUGCCCAAACCCUGAGCUGUCCACGCAGCCGCUGGGUGCUGCCAAUCUCGGGAGUGCGAGUGCCGUCGGCGUCAACACGAGUCUCAAUGGGGUGCCUGGCGGUGAAAACAGGGGUUCCUCCUCUCCAACUACAUCCCCGAAUAGUCCUGCCGUCAGUGGCAACCCUCGGCGUUCGCUGAAUGCCGCCUUCACGCUCAGCCCGCGCACUGAGAGUGAGGUGGAGAUCUCCGUGGAGUACAACAGCGACGCAUCAAGCGUGUGCUUCGACCUGGACCGGCAUGACCCGCCCAUCAGGCAGCACUACCAUCUCGGCCGCCUGGAGGAGCGUCGCGCCUUCGUCACGGAGGGCUGCGUCGCGGCAGCACAGGGGAUGUCCACACAGCGCAUCCUUGACCACCUGCUCCCGGCGCUGCUCACGGCAUUCGAGGCGGACGACUACAGUGAGUCCUUCGAGGACUGCGCCCCGUGCAUCGCGCGUGCCCUGCCGCAGAUCGUGGCGUGCAUGGAGGCACGUACGACGGCCAACCUCACCUACUUCAUGGGCCUCAUCAUGGCGCUGUGCUGCUCCGCGGAGGGAGUCGUCGCGAAGGCGAUUACGACCUCCCUGCAGGCCAUUCUGGAGAUGCUCGCGGACGAUGUACUGCGCGAACUCUUCCUCCCUUUCGUACUCACGAUGCGCCUAUCCUUCUGGAGUGCGCCGCGCGUCGUGGCGGCCGGGCUGCUCGGCUACCUUGCUAUGCGACCGGCAGUGCUUCAGGCAAGUGGCUUGAGCGUGUCGGACAUGUUCAACUACUACGCAGAGUGCAGCAGCGACGCCUCGGCAAUGGUCCGCUCGGCCGUUGUCAUGUCCCUACAUGACUGGGUGCGUGUGGCGGCUGUGCAUCGCCUCACGCUGGCCGAGAUGCCGCUGCCGCUUCUGAAGAGUCUUGCCACUGACGACCUUAGUGACACCGUCCGCUACCUUUUAAUCGAAGAGGUGGUGAAGCUGGCGCAGAUGAUCGGGCCCAAGUCAUCGUCCAAGUAUCUGCUCAGUACCUUCGUAGGCGCGCAUAUGGACCCAAGCUGGCGGGUACGCUACACUGCAGCCAAUCAGCUUGGCGCGAUGGCAGCGCUGGUGAUGAACGCCAACGACUUGGAGGUGGUUCUGGAUACACUCGCGCGUGACGAGGAGCCGGAGACGCGCGCGGCUGUGGCGCGGCAGCUCGAGUGGAUGGUGCAGCACUGCAGCAGCGAGGUCAUCCAGCACUGUUGUGUUCCUGUUGCAGUAGCCCUGUCGCAGGAUGCCGACCCGGUCGUGCGGCGCAGUGCGGCCCGCCACUACCACUGCUUCAUAACUGGUAGCGAUGAAGUGGUUCGGACCAUGUGCAAGGCGCUGCGAGCAUUGAUGCAAGACGCAGCCUUCCCUGUCCAAGAGAACGCUAUUGAGAGCCUGGGGGAUCUCGUGACGGCGCUCGAGGGGAGUCUGCAGGCAGCAGUGCAGCCUGCAGCGCUAGGUAGUUCCGGCGGCAGCAACAGCGAAACGGCGCUCUCGUCACCUAACUCAUUCCGUAGCCCCGCCUCGCGGCGGCACCCGGCGUCGGCGUUGGCCACUGCGCACGGCCGCGGCAGCCGCCAUAAAUCGCCACACUGCUCCCCGCGAUUGGCCAGUGGUGCGACGGCUGGCAGUGGGCCAGCUGGUGCAGGGGGGGUGAACACCACCUUCACACGGAAGCGCGCCGACGCGAUUGUGCGCUCCUUUAUGACGGAGGUACUGACCCUCAGCGAGUCGCGCAACUGGCGCAUCCGCGACGCUGUGGUGCGUGUUGUGCACCACUUCUGCAAGGUUCUCAGUCCUGGCCAGUUCCGCCCCCUCACCAACAUGCUCUUCAUCGCCCUUCACGACCCCGUCAGCACUGUCCGCUCGCAGGCGGUGCGCACGCUGAAGGAGGUGGCGGUGGCCUACGGAGGCGAGUGGGCGACUCAGACGGCGGCAGAGCUAUUGCAGUCAGACACGCUUGCCCCGGCGCGCGCCGUGAGCUACAUGUGGCGUAUCAUAAUGAUCCAGUGCCUAGAGGUUCUGCUACCGGUAGCGAGCGAGCUCGGCCCAUGCGAAGCGCGGCGGCGGCAGCUCCUCGCGACGACGCUGCCACUGCUGCGUGACUAUGUCACUGACCGUGUGCCAAACGUCCGUCUCGCGGCGGCGCACGCGCUACCUUGCUGGUACUCCUGGUUCGAUGUGACGGAGGGAGAGCGGAGGGCGUACAACGCGGCAAUCGAAGAACUGCAGCAGGACACGGACAUCGACGUCCUCAGUGCUUCGCAUAACAUUCCGUACAACAACAGCGGCAGCAGCAGCAGCGUCGCCGACGGUGCGGGGCGCUGA